UGGGCUCAGUGGCAGCUAGGUGAGCUGUGUCACCUUUGCCCACAAACGGUGGCUUAGCAUUGAGAGCCUCUGGCCAAGGUUUGGUGGGAGCCAGGGAAGGCUCCUGUAAGCCCUGAGCUCAUUGCUGAGGAGCAAACACCGUGGCUGGUCCUCAUCUCCAGGUGAGCAGGUUUGGUGGCUGGAGCUCUGCUGGGCUCUUCCUGGAGGCCAGGAAAGUUGGUCCCUUGAGAACAGCUUAUCCUGGUCUGUACAUCUGGGAGCUUCUCAACGGUUUGGGAAUCCUGACUGUGGCUGGGUUUUCUCUGCAGUGGAUUUGCUGGCUGUGGGGAAUUCAGAAAGGUUCAAGAUCGAAUUUUCCUCUGCUAGGAGUGUGAGGUGAGCCUUGAAGCCAUCUGUGAACCCUGCACAGAGUUUCAGCAGGGAGCAGCAGCCUGCCAGAACAGAUGAGCAGUUACCAACUGGGUUGCUGGAUCCUGCUGUGCCCUUUGUGCCAAGACUGAUGUCUGAAGGAGGAAAAGGUCCCGUUUGCUCUGAGGGAGAUGCCAGCCCUGCUCACUGCCUGCUGGUGGGCAGUGUGAGGAGUAGUCAUCUGAUUUCCCCACCAGGAAUGAUGACACCCCAAGUCCCAUAUGAUCCUUGUUCCAUCUUCGUCAGCCCAUGUGUCAUUGACUCAUUUUUUUUUUCAGCUGUGUGUCAUUAAAAUAAGCCUUCUCUGCAACAAGAGUAAGACCAGAAAAAGUGUGAAGCCCAAGCAGUGCUGUGCAUCCUGGCUGUUCUGUAGUGCUGCUAUUCCAUGGGCUUCACUCACCAGGUUUUGCACGCUUCAGGGAUUGCCAGUGCUGCUGAUCUGAAUUGCCUUAAAAUUCCUUGAGUUUUGAGUCCUGGCUCUCUGGUGGUGCCUUGGUUUCCUACCCUGCCUCUCCCAACAGCCACAUCCAGGAUCCUCUCGGAGCAAUAAGGCACUGGAACAUGGAAAGUUUUCGGGCAAAUCUGGGGCACCUCACUGCCACUGGGAUGAGAGCCCGUGUUUACUGUGAAGACUUUCUGCUCCCAAAGGUGCAGAGAACUCUGGCAGACCUGUGGCAGAUUUACUCCAAACCUGUCCCAGCAGAUGGCAGAGAGCUGCGGACCUUGUUUCUGCAGUGCUCCUGCGUUACAGUAGUGAUAGGAGGCCUCUUUUACAACUGGAUGUUUGCCUCCCUGGAGUACUCCUGGCACCUCUCCGUUGCCGUGGCUGUCUCCUUCAGCCUGCUCCUUCUCCUGACUCUCCUUUUGGUGCAUCCUGCCCGUUGUGUCUUCAGCAUGAUCAUGCCCACCUUAGGCACCAAACAGGGCCGGAAGCUUCUCUUCUCCACCUGCAUCAUGAUCGCAGUGGUGAACAUAACACCCAACAUCGUCAGCAACAUCAAAUCCAUACUGCAGGUUAUUAAGUGCAUCUGCAAGAAUUCCUCUGACAGCCUUCUGAACUCAACUGCCCUGCUAGAGAAGGUUUCCUGGGAGUUUGGGGAUGCAAUCCAAGAAAGCUUUCCUUCCAUUCACAAGCCUAUGAAUGGACAUUUUCGCUUUUUGUUGAUUCAGAACAGCUCUUUGAUUAACCAAAAAAUGCACCUUGCUGGUGAGAAAAUUAGCAGAGAGUUCUUGUCUGUUGAGGUGCUGGUCAAAGACUCUAUACGAGUAGCCAACAGACUGGCUGCUGCUUUCUUCAUGUUCUGUCUCUGUUUUGAGUCCACCUGGUAUUUGAAAAAUUAUCUCACCAACCUCCGCUUCGACAAUUUCUACAUCACCAAGAAGCUGGAGCGUUUAGCCGCGGACAGAAGAGCGGCUCAUCUCCUGGUGGGCUCAUCCAAAAAACUCAUCCGCCCAACGGGCUUGAAGCUGUCCUGGGAAGAGGUGGUGCCGUGCCUCGUGCAAGCCAUGCUGGUCACGGUGGCCCUGCUGCUGCUGCUGCUGCUGGUGGCCAUGGACCACUUUGCGUUCAGCGUGGCAGACACGGUGGUGAGGAGGACAGCUCAGUUCUCUGCGGUGCCCGUCACCCUCAGCAUCAAAUACAAGGCUGACAUAGUGUUCGUCAAAGUCAUCCGGCGUCCUCCUGACUUCAGCAGGACCUACCACCACCAGCUGAUCUUCAGCUCUGCCCGCUGCAGCAUCAGCCCCCCGACGCCUCCCAGCCCCUCUGUGCUGCUCGUGCUGGGGCUGCUCUUCUUCAUCCUCUACAUCACCGUGCCCCUGGAAACCUACGCGCGCCGCCUGUGCCGGGGAAUCGCAGCCUCCUUCUUCCCGGGCUGGGAGGAGAAGCGAGUGCUUCACCUGUACGGGAAACUGGCCAGGAGGCACAGCAAGGAGCAAAACUCCGGGAGGGGUGCUUUGGGAAGUCAGGGGGAUGUCUGACGCCACGGGAUCGCACAUUUCAUCUUCCAGUGUUAAAGAAGUGUUUGGAGUUUGGGGAAAAAAAAUACAGGAAAAAAAAAAAAUAUAUAUAUAUAUAUAAGAGGGAGAAGAAAAAGGAAAAAAGAAAGUUGAAAGGUCCCAUUUUUGCAUUUAUUUGGGAAAAAUUGGCUACAUUUCCUUUUUAUAUAUAUAUAAGGUCUGGAGUCAGCUGUUGCAUAUCUGCGGCACUAGGGAAGGCAAACUGGGAAAAACAAGGGAGCUGGGCUCAGGGAGGAGCUCACUUACCUUCUCCACCACAUCCGUGCUGGAAGAAGUGCACACUUCCUUUCUUUCUUAGGUUAUACCUUCAGGCAACAAAAAGGGAAACUCAUUUGAAUCGAUUAAUUUAAUUUUCAAUUAGUUUUUCUUUCAGGUUUUGUGUACAGAAACCUGGGUAGACCAGAUAAGUUUAGAAGAUAGUUUAUUCACCAAAGAAAGUGUCACUUCAACCUGCUGAAGUAAAUUCAAGAUCGAUAUGACCAUGAGAGGCACAUCCUGGGCAUGGGUGGUGGUGGAAAUCUGCACAUGAGGCUUUACAAAAUCUCUUCAAAAUGUCUGUUCAAAAUAAAAUAAAUAAAAUAGCUGCAGGACCUCAGAAGAGAAAUGGAACAGCCCACAAAGAUCAGUUUGGGUGUUGAUCACUUUUCUCAAGUAAGAAGUGAUAGGAUGAGAGGAAAGAGCCUCAAGUUGUGCCAGGAGAGGCUUAGAUUUGAUUUUAGGAAAAAAUCCUUCAAGUUUUGCCAAGCACUGGCACAGGCUGCCCAGGGCAGUGGUGGGGUCACCAUCCCUGGGGUGAUUUAAGAGACACGUGGAUGUGGCACUUGGGGACAGGUUUUAAUGGUCCCUUGGCAGUGCUGGGUUAAUGGUUGGAUUUCAUGGUUUUAAAUGUUGGGUUGUUUCAAGCUCAGAAACUGUUAUUGUAUCUGAAUUAA